UAGUGAUCAUGUGGGUCGUGGUUAGUAGUCUUCCUGAACACAAACACACACUUUGGUCUGACAUCAAGCAUUUGCCAUGUUUGCACAUAAGAGAGCAGCUUUAGCAACCUAUAGCAUCCGGUUUGGUUUCAGCUUUUGAACUUCCUCUAAAUUGUUCUUACAUCCAGUUUUAAGUGUGUGAAAGACAUUCUGAGAAAGACAGGGAAAAUGUGCAUUGAUGUGUCAUCUGUAUAACAACAAAAACAAAAAUGUCUCUACGAUGUUUGCUGUUGGUCGUCGUCUGGGUUGUGUUCAUCACCACAGAAGCUGUUUCAGGUCAAGAAGUGAAAGUAUUUGGUGAAGUUGGAGGUACAGUGUCUUUUGGUGCAACCAGCAUAAAUCCUCCUGUCAGCAGCAUUAUAUGGAAACAGAGAAACGGUGGACCUGUUAUAAAAGCGAUUGAAUGGGAUGAAGCUGAUGGUGUUUCCGCCCCGAAUCCGAGAUUCAGAGACAUCACGUAUCUUGAUAAAACAACUGGAGAAAUCAAUAUAACUAAAUUACAUUUUGAACAUAGUGGACUUUAUACCAUCGACAUCAACAGUAAAGAACAGGAACAAAAAUUCAAGUUGGAAGUGUUGGAGCCGGUCCCCAAACCUGAUAUAAAAAUAGAGAAGAUUGAAAUUAACCCUAAUGCGGUGUAUUUAAUAUGUGAGUACAGUGAAACGAUCAUCUGGAAGAAUUCUGCUGGAGAAACACUGAAGGGGUCACUCCUGAUUCCAAAAGGAGAAUUUAUCAAAGUUAAAAACCAAGGAAAUCCAGAUUUCUUCUACACAUGCACACUCGAGAAUGCAGUGAGUGAGAAAACCAGUGAUCCGGUCUAUAAGAGAGAUCUGUUUAAAGAUUUACGAGGAUUUGUUAUUUGGAUUGCCAUUGUUUCAAUCAGCAUGGUUUUUAUCAUCCUUUUCCUGUUUAUACCUCCUUGUUGUCACGCAAUGAGAGGCUGAUUCUGAAUCCCGGUUUUACUGAAACAACUGGAGCUCUAAACUAUCUGUUCCUUCAUAACUUUUACUGUUGCUUUUUGACCUCUGUGUCUGUUGGACUAUGCAGAUGGUGUUGAAACUUCAUCCUCCAGUUCUGAAUCUAUGCGAAUAUUUUAUUUUCAAAGAAGGACAAGAUAAGAAUAUUUUCUGCUUAAUAUAUAUAUUAACGCAAGACUGUCGUGGACAGUAGAGAAGUACUGAGAAGAGAAGAGAGAGACUGAAAUAAAUCUUCCAUCUGCCUCAAGAUCCAACUAUUGUGAAAUUUGUGGAUUUAAGUUAUGUGAUUGUGGUUGGUUUUGUUGUGUGCCACUCAAAACUUAAAUGUGUGGUAGAUAAGAAGCUCAUAGACAAUGUGAGUGCUGUAGAUACAGCUUUGGAUGUGACUAUAGCUCAGGGAGUUCUGUACAUUGUUUGGUUCCAGUUAAAGAGCCUCUGCAGCAGGGCAACUGACUGACUGUGAGGUGGCAUAGUCGCGGGUCAAAACACCACUCUUCUGUUAUGAUAAAAGCAUUACACAGGUUCUCCCCACUCAGUGAUGCACCCACUGAGAAAGCUGCUCAAAGUGCUAGUUAUUGGCGAUUCUAUUGUUCGGAACAUGAAAGUAGAGACACCAGCCACCAUAGUCCAAUGUUUAUCGGAAGCCAGAGACUGUUAUUCACACUGGCGUUAAUGAUGUUUGACCUCACCACUCGAAAAUUUCUAGAAAUGAUGUGAAAGAGAUGUGAGACGAGCUUUUGGUGCAGACCUUACCUGUCGAAAAGAGAUGGUCUUCAUCCCUCCUGGGGUGGCACCGCUCUUCUCUCUAGAAAUAUGGCACAUAGUCUUAGAGUUUGUUCUUGACCAACUGGAGCCCAGGUCAGGAAGCAGACACACUAAAACGACCAUCUGCUAACCGCCUCAUGUCACAGAAAUCAGCUAAUUCUCAGCACAUAGAGACUCUUUCACCUAGACAUAACACUAUAGAGACUGUGUCUGUUCCCCGAACUAGAAAAAAAAGAAAAAAAAAGAAAAACCCUUCCAAAACAAUUUAAGGGUAACAGUUUAAUUAACGUUCAACAAAUAAAAAAUGCACUGAAUACAGAGAAACAAUUGAUAAAGCUAGGGCUUAUUGAAUAUCAGGUCACUUUCUAUAGAACACUUUUUGUAAAUGAUAUGAUCACUGAUCAUUGGGUAGAUGUGCUCAGUUUGACAGAAACCUGGCUGAUUAAAAAAAAAAAAAAAAAACCCAGAUGAUUACAUUAUUUUAAAUGCAUCUAUCCCGCAAGAUUACUGUCAUAAACAUGAGUCGUGUCCAAUGGGUAAAGGGGGAGGUGUUGCUAUGAUUUAUAGCAAUAUGUUCAGUAUUUCUCUGAGGGCGGGCUUCAAGUAUAACUUGUUUAAAGUAAUGGUGCUUCAUAUAACAUUAUCCAGAGAAACAAGUCUUAAUGAUAAAUAAAAUGAUAAAUAAAGCUCCAUGUCUGACUCAUUUUAGAGUUGGUACUGAGUUUUGAAGUCAGCAAAAAGUAGCAUCACACAUAGGCUAAUCAUGACCGAUCAUGUUUACAUUAUCAGUUGUCGCUGUCAUUUCAGAAAACUUGUGCACAUCCCUAUUAAUAGCCAUAUUAUUUGUUAUAUGUAGCUAUAUAUGUUGAUGAAAUGAUUAAAUAUAACAAUUAAUUUGAAAUAACCCAAUAAUUCAUUAAAUAAUUAUAACUGUUUAAGAGAAGUCUGUAUAUAAUAGCCUAUAAUCAUUUUAACAGAAUUUCAUACCAUGGCCAGAACAGAACUGACCCCCCGACUGAGUCUGGUUUCUCCAUUCUGUCACCAAAUUUUUGGUUCCUUGCUACUCUCACCUCUGGUUUGCAUAAUUGGGUACACUUAUUUUUCAGCAAUAUCAUUGACUUGAUUCGACAGAUACUAUUUAAACUGAACUAAACUGGACGAUGACAUCACUGAAUUCAAUGAUGAACUUUCAGAACAACAAAAUUAUAUAAUGCCCAAAACCCGUCAACAGCAAUUCUUGUCUGGUACCCAAAACUGUAUUAACAGUCUUCUAUCAGUCAAGAAGCCAAAAAGCCAGUAAAGAGCAGAAGCAGGAGACAGAGUGAUGAUAAAAAGUAGCAGAGUUUACUGAAUAAUCUUAGCUGUGUUUGUUUCAAUGCUUGAACUUCGUCUGACCAGCACAAAUCCAACAAGUAAUGUUACUCCAAACCUCUUCACAACAACAACAUUCCAUAAACUUUAAAUCUCCAUAAACAUUCCCUCUUAUUUCUUACCCUACUCAUGAAGACAAACAGGUCUAGAAAUCACACAUCCAUAAGACUAAACAACAAUGUAUAUAUAUGUAAGGAAUAAAUGACUCAGAGUUAUUGAAUUAUUAGAAAAACAGGACGCAAAUGGGGAGUUAUACCUUGGGUGUGCAAUAUUUUCCUAAUAAUUCAAUGGCUCUGAGUCAAUUAUUCUGAUUAUACUACGGUUACCACACCUCAAGAUAUUGAUCAGAUGAACGCCUCUUUUGCUGGUUCCAAAACUUCGUUUUAAAGCUGGUCAUGGAAGCUUGAACCAUUGAUAGCAUUCUAAUGCAGCUAU